AUGGACUCCCAGACAGUUAAGAAGCCGGACGAUAUAGCUGCCGUCUCCGCGCCGCAGUUGAGCCCCGAUCCGCUUUCCGGCCCCAUCACGGCUGCCUCCGAUUCUCCUCCGCCCGUUGCUUUCGACGAUGUGGUUAUGGAGAUGCCCACUUGGAAGAAAUGGGUCACUCUUUUUGUGGUCUGCUGGAUGGCCCUGCCCGUGACAUUCUCAGGAAGUUCGAUUAUGACGGCGACUAAAGAGGUGGCCGCCGACUUUGGCGUGCCCACACAUAGUAUCACGACGGCCAACGCUGGUGUUUUCAUUGCUAUGGCCAUGUCGGCGCUUAUUUGGUUGCCCAUCAGCAAUAUUGUGGGCCGUAGGACUGCUUACCUCUUGGCCAACUCUCUCCUUACUCUCUGCUCCGUCGGGUCGGCGUUGUCCCCGAACUUGGCUUGUUUUACGACGAUUUGGGUCAUUGGAGGAACAACGGGUCCAUUUUUCCUCGUUGCGGGUCAGACCAUUUUGGCGGAUAUCUUUGAGCCUACGACUAGAGGUACCGCAGUUGGUUUCUUCCUAGGAAGUUGUGUUGCCGCAAACACGAUAGCUCCGUUGACGGGUGGCGUUAUUGUCAAUUUUACUAGCUGGAGAGUCAUUUACGGAGUCCAGGCUGGCAUGACAUGCGUGGGUUUGAUUCUGGCUUUCUUCUUCGUACCGAAAGCGAGUGAUUUAAAGCAUCAAAAUGUUGCUGAAAAGACACCAUGUCACUCCGCCAAAGACGUGAUGAAUGCGUUCAACCCAGCAGGCGUGUUUCGUGCUUUUAAGUACCCCAACAUUCUUGCAACGAACAUCACAUGCGGCCUAUUGGGAUUCAAUCAAUAUGGUCUACUCAGCUCUGUCCGACGUGUCAUCAACCCCCGCUUCGGCCUAACCUCUCCUCUCAUCAGCGGUUUGUUUUACCUAGCUCCCGGAGCGGGCUUCCUCUUGGGCAGUACUCUGGGCGGUCGGCUGUCAGAUCAUACCGUCAAGCGUUACAUUCGCAAACGCAAUGGCCUCAGAUUGCCGCAAGACAGACUGAGAAGUAGCUUGCCGGCCGUGUUUAUCAUCUUACCACUUGGGACACUCCUUUAUGGUUGGAGCGUGCAAAAGGAGCUCGGUGGAAUGGCUUUGCCCAUUGUGAGCUCCUUCAUCCAGGGCCUUGGGCUAAUGUGGUCAUUCAGUGGCCUAAACACAUAUUCAGCUGAGGCUCUUCCCGAGCAUCGUACCGCCGUUAUAAGCGGUAAGUACAUCAUUCAAUACAGCUUCGGAGCCGGUGCUGUUGGAGGUUUGGUACCGAUGAUAGAUGCCAUCGGAGUUGGUUGGUCUUUUACUAUUACUGGUCUUGGGGCAAUUCUAGGAGGUGUAUUCGUGUUGAUGAUUGCCAAAUUCGCAUCAAAGGCACAGAACUGGGUCGACGAAAAAGGCAGCAGUGAGGAUGAAGACUAA